AUGCCAAAACAAUCUCCGAAUGAAGUCGAUCAGAUGGUUCAACGAGCACGACCAUUAAAUCGUGAUGUAGUUCGUCGUGAUCUUAUUCAAGCGGUUAAUUCAUCAGCUUGUAAUUUCGUUUUAAAACUAUGUGAAUAUUUUUACAAUGACGGAACAUCGAAAGAGUUGCUCUGUCUAUGUGGAACAGUGAUAUGUCACUAUAAAGGAAGUCGAUAUAAUAUUCCAGUCGAAAUAUGGCUUCAACCUGAUCAUCCGAAUAGCGCACCAUUAGGAUAUGUUAAACCAACAACAGAUAUGUAUGUGUCACCGACAAGUAAAGAUGUUCAACCUGAUGGAACUAUUGUCAUUCCGUAUUUGAAAAAUUGGCGUCACCCAAAUAGUGAUUUGAAUCAUUUGUUAAAUGCAAUGUCAGAGGCAUUUAGUCAAUCUCCACCAGUGUUUUCAAAUGCUGGUUCAGCAACACCAUAUUCAACAACAGCGUCAAUGCCAACGCCACAAACAUUCAUAGCAAAUACAGGUCAACCUGGCUCACAUUCAUUUACGAAUGGAACCUCACGACAACAAAAUCUUGAGGACGUUUAUCGAGCAUCUCUCGAAUCGGCUGUCGAAAAGAAAGUAACGGACCGUCUUAGAGAAACCGUUCAAAUAAGCAACGUACAAAUUGAUUCAUUACGAAAAACUGAACAAGAUUUAACAGACGGUCAAAGAAAACUUCAAACAUUAAUUAAUGAUGCCCAACAACAACAAACUCAUGCAAAGAACUAUAUUGCAACGAUUCGAGCAAAAACGAAUGAAAUGUUAGAUGCAGCACAGAAAAUGUCAUCAGCUGGGAAAGAAAACUCAGUUAAAGAUGAUGCAGUCAUUACACCUGCACCUGUCUACAAACAACUUUUACAAGCUUAUGCCGAAGAACAUGCAAUUCAAGAUUUGUUAUACUACCUUGCAGAAGGACUUCGACGAGAAUCCAUUGGAUUAGAUACUUAUUUGAAACAUGUUAGAGAACUUUCUCGAAAACAAUUCAUUUUGCGAGCAACAAUGCAUCGAUGUCGACAAAUUGCUGGCUUGUCUGUGAAAUAG